AUGGUUCACACGCACUGUCUAGCGUUUUUUCUCCUACGAACUGGUUUGGUCGUUGUUUACUGCAGUACACAGUAUGUACGCCAUACGAACGUGAAUGCCAAGCAAAUUUCCAACGGUAAGGACGAUCAUGUCGAUUCUGGCGCAAAUAUUGACGCCGUGCAGAUUGCGAUCGGCAAUCUCGGUAAAUGGCAGAUCAUCGUCUGCCUGGCGAUUUCUCUGGUCAAAUUUCCGGUAGCGUGGCAUCAAUUGGCGAUCGUUUUCAUGGCGCCGCAUCAAGAUUAUAAUUGCACGGAGCCCACUACCGUCGUCUCCAAGGAUCAAUGCAUGGUCGAAUUUAAUGGUACCAUAGCAAAAUGUACGAAAUGGGAGUACGACAGGAGAAUAUUUCCCGAGACUAUUAUAUCGCAAUGGAAUCUAGUCUGCGAUAGGACGCAUUACGCGAAUAUUCAACAAUCUAUUCUUAUGUUCGGGGUGCUUCUUGGCAACAUUAUCUUUGGCAGCUUAGCAGAUAGGUAUGGCAGAAAAAGACCGUUGAUGAUUUCCAUUGUUCUCCAAUUAUUAUCAGGUAUUGGAUGCGCAAUAGUUCCUUGGUUUCAAGUAUUAUUGCUGAUGAAGCUGUUAAGUGCCUUUGCUACUGGAGGCACGAUGGUUACUAGUUAUGUUAUCUGUAUGGAAAUAGUAGGUACAAAAUGGCGUGCAGCCAUCACCGUUUUAUAUCAAAUUCCAUUCGGCUUAGGCCACAUGUCGCUGGCAGGACUCGCGUUCUGGUUUCGACAUUGGCAGCAAUUACAAAUUGCCAUUACACUUCCAUCUAUAAUUCUUUUAAGUUAUUGGUGGAUAGUACCCGAGUCACCAAGAUGGUUAUUAACUAUGGGAAAGCAGAGAGCAGCAUGCAAAAUAUUGCAGAAGGCAGCCAAUAUUAAUAAAGUGGAAAAUGUGGAUGUUCCCGAAAUAGUCAGAAAACAUUGCUUGCAUCAAAACUUCAAGAGAUCUACGCUGGAUCACAAAGCUUCAUUCUUAGACUUGUUUCGUACACCAAAUAUGCGAAUAAAAUCCCUCUCGAUCUUCUUCAAUUGGAUCGUUUGUGGAAUGGGUCUGUUUGGCAUGUCACAAUACAUCGGCCAGGUCGGUGGUGAUAUUUUCAUUAAUUUCGCAGUAUCCGGUGCUAUACAGAUUCCAGGAAACUUCGUCGCAUGGUGGGCGAUGAAUAAACUAGGUCGACGAAUCACUCUCAUCUGCAGCAAUUCUAUAACUGGUGUGGCUUGUAUAUUCUUAAUCGUUGUACCACACGAUGUGGAAUGGUUAAGAUUGCUUCUAGCAUGCUUCGGUAUUGUCGGCAUGUCGGUAUCGUUUACGACAGCCUACCUUUUCUCCGGAGAAUUAUUUCCUACAGUCGUAAGAAACAUUGGAGUUGGCGCGAGUAGUAUGUGCGCUAGAGUAGGUUCCAUUGUAGCGCCAUUUGUAGUGUCCUUGGAUUCCAUCGAAUCGUGGUUACCGCCAACUAUAUUCGGGAUUCUACCAUUGAUCGGAGCCGCAUUGUGCUUAUUAUUACCGGAAACUGCCGGAUGUAUAUUACCUGAUACGCUUCAAGACGGCGAAGAAUUUGGAAAGUAA